GCCCGGCAGCAUCCCCAGCGACACGGCCACAGGUUUGCCAGCAAGAUGCCGUGGCGCUCAGUGUUGCUGCUUCCCUUCCUCCUGACAGCAGUUUCAGGCAACUCAGCCCCCUUCUUCAAUAUGACCUUAGUCCAUGUGCCUGAGGACCUGGAGCUGGGCCAGCAAGCUUUCCAGCUGAAGGCUUAUGACAUAGAUGGGGACACUCUCACCUACAGCAUCAGUGGGCUGGAUUCCUUCUACUUCUUUGUCAAUGCCCAGACGGGUAUCGUGACACUGAGGAACUCCCUGGACCGUGAGCUCCAGGCCAAGCUCACCAUCAUUAUCCAUGUGGAUGACAAGAUGAACGAACCAGUCUCUGGAAAACUCACAAUCAUCGUGGAUGACCGUAACGACAAUGCCCCAGUCUUCCAGAACCUGCCAUAUGAAGUCUCCAUCCCUGAGAACACAGCACCCAACAGCAUCAUCUACACUGUGUUUGCCAAUGACAUCGACACUGGGAAUGCUUCCAAAGUCAGCUACAGCAUUGAGGAGGUGACCCCAGACAGCACGAAGAAUCAAUGGUUGUUCUACAUCCUGCCCAAUGGGAGUGUGGUGCUUAAUGGCUCACUGGACUAUGCAAAGAACAUCUUCUAUCAGCUCAAAAUCCUCGCCAAGGACGGUGGGGGGCUACUCCACAAUCAGUUUGUAAUCCAGAAGAGCUUUACCUACAUGUCCCUGACCAUCACUGAUGUGCCCAACCUGGAUCCACGGUUCCUCAGUGAGCCCUACUCUGGUUCUGUACCUGAGAACUGUGCCCUGGGCACCAUUGUGCUGGCUGUCACUGCCAUGGACAGAGACACGGGUGUGAAUGACAAAAUCUUCUACAGCAUCACCAACACCAGUGUCCCCUUUGCUAUCAAUAAUGUGACGGGCAACAUCAGUGUUAGUAAGCCCCUGGACCGUGAGCAGCUGCUAAGUGAGGAAGUGCUGCUGGAAAUCACAGCACGUGAGGAGCACAAAGAUAUAAAUGGCAGAGAGGCACAGACCAGCACCCUUGUGACAAUCGUGGUGACUGAUGUCAAUGACAACAAGCCCCAGUUCUACAGUUGCUUGCUUCCCAGCUGCAACUUCACCAAUCCCCAGGACAACUUCAGGGGCAGCAUCAUAGAGCACUCCUCCUCUGGACUGCCUGUUUCCAACCUCAGCAUUAUCACCCAUGACCCAGACAAGGGCAUCAACAGCAGCUAUGAGUUGUACCUGCAGGGUCCGAAUGCCAGUGCCUUCACUGUCUUCCCCACAAAAAUUGUGGGCACAGGGGAGGUCCAAGUCCUGGUGCAAAACCCAGCUUCUGUGGACUACGAGAUAAGCCAUGUCAUGGUGGUGCAGAUCGUUGCUAAUGACACAGGGAACCCUACAAACUGCUGCUCCACAGCCACCGUGACCAUCGAUCUCAUUGACAGCAACGACCACAUCCCUGAGUUCCCCCAGAGCACCUACAACCUCAGCGUGAUGGAGAACAGCCCUGAUGGCACCAUCGUCGCCACAAACAUCACGGCCUAUGAUCCAGAUAGUGGUCUUCUGGGACAGAUCACCUACCAGCUGCUCCCAGAGAACAUCCGUAAAAUCUUCACGGUGAAUAACAAGACGGGGGCUGUGCUGGUGCAGAACGGGAGCUUGCUGGAUCGGGAGACUCGCUCCAUCUACUAUGCCAACCUCCAGGCCAAGGAUGGGGGCAAUCUAGUAGGCACCACUGUGCUGGACAUCACUGUGCUGGAUGAAAAUGACAAUGCACCCAUUAUCACUGGCUCCUACUUCAUCUCAGUGGAAGAGGGGCAGAACGUCACAACACAGAUCCAGGCCAUUGACAACGAUGAGCCUCAGAACCCCAACAGCCAGUUGGGUUUCAAGAUCUUGCCAGGACCAUUCAGCAACAACUUCACCAUCAACGUGACAACGGGUGAGAUGCACAGCAAGGAGCCACUGGACCGUGAGGCCUUGAAAGAUGAGCUGGGACAGAUGGUGGUGGUGGUGGAGGUGUACGACCAUGGCCAGCCACCACUCAACACCUCAGUGGAUGUCAUCAUCACUGUGGGGGACGUGAACGACAAUGCACCCACGUUCCUCAACCAGUCCUAUGAGUUCUCAGUCCUUGAAGACUCUGCAGGGCUCUUCGUGGGUGAGGUUCAGGCCAUGGAUGCUGACAGGACGGAGAUUAAUUCCCGCAUUUCCUUCCAAUUUAAGCCGGGCAAUGGUUCCAGCAAUUUCUUGAUCCGUCCAUCUCGCAUAGGGCCAGGGUACUACAGUGGGAAGCUGUCUGUGGACCCUGAUGUGUCCUUGGACUAUGACACCCUGCAGCAGAAGUUCUUCUUCUUGCUGGUGCUGGCUGAGAACACAGCUGCAGACAAAGUGGGAAACACCACCGAUGUCUCAGUGAUGGUCCACAUCCUAGAUGUCAAUGAUGAGCCCCCCACUGUCCUGCUGUCCUCGCUGCAGGACGUGCAUGUGGGUGAGAAUGGCACGCAGCAGGGUCUGGUCCACAUCCUGAAUGCCUCCGACCCAGACACUAACCACUCACUGGUCUUCGAGGAGCUGGCAGUCACCUGCUUUAAGGGGGCGAGCAGUGCUGGGGAGGUUUGCUGGGACUGGUUUGUGCUGGCACCCAAUGGCUCAUUACUGGUGAACAGCUCAGACAUUGACUAUGAGCUGUGUGACAGGGUGGUGCUCACGCUGCGUGUGGAAGAUUUGUACACUGAGAAGGGCAACCGCUACAGUCAGAAUGAAACUCUGAGGAUCCUCAUCACCGAUGUGAAUGACAACACACCAAUCUUCCUGCCCAUCUUGGAGACCUUUGUGGUUGUCCCUGAAAUCUCUCCUGUGGAUCUGCAAGUGGCUACUGUGAAGGCCACGGAUGCUGAUUCAGGGGAAGGUGGAAACAUCUUCUUCUCCAUUGUAAACGUGGUGCUUGUGGAAGAGAACGGCGCCAGCCGGCCCUUUGAGAGCAUCUUCAAAGUGGUGAAAACAGUCAAGGAGGACGUCUACAUUGGGAGCAUCCAGGUGGCAAGCAACCUUGAUGGCUCCUUGAAGGGGCAGUACCAGGUGACAGUGAAGGCUCGAGACAAUCAGGAACCAGUGCACACAGCACAGACUGUGCUGAACAUCUUCACAGUAGAUCAGAGCUACCGUGUUCGGCUCCAGUUUGUCACAACGGUGGAUGAAGUCCAGAAUAACUCUGAAAAUAUCAAAGUGGCUCUGACCACAGCAACCAAGGCAGGUGUCUACGUGGUGGCCAUCCGGACUGUGGAGGACACCCGUGCCUCCCAGGUGGAAGCCAAGUCAGUGAUGGAAGCCUACUUUGUCUACAGCAAUGGCACUGCCCUGGAAGUCAACCAGCUGAGUGUGCUCAUUCAGUCUGAACCACUGGUCCUGGCUGAGCUGGUGAAGCUGGGCUUGGCCAUCAUUGGCCCCGGGGAGGUGGAGAAGCCCAGCAGGGAGACAGAGCUGAUUGGCAUCAUCGCAGGUCUGGCAGCGUUCAUGGUCAUUUUCAUCCUCAUCAUGACCCUGGUCUUGGUUCUCACCACCAGGAGCUAUAAGAGGAAGCUGAGUGCAAUGAAGGCUCUGAAGGUGGCCACAACGCUCAGCCCUGCCAUGGCACAGCAGGGAGCUGGCAUUCCUGGGACCAACCAGUAUAAUGCAGAAGGGGCCAAUCCCAUGCUGAACUUCUCACUUGAUCCCUCCCAUGAUCUGGGCUUCCAUGAGGACUCUGGCUCUGUGGCCAGUAUGAAUUCCCUGGAUGAAAACACAGUAAAUGCACCUGGGGAUGACAACCUCAAAUUCCAUCACGACAGAGUGCAGUUGACAGAUCACACCGAUGAGGAGGUGCUGGUGGCCGCCCUGAACCUGAAGGAGCCAACCAAAACAGCACACAUCAACAACACCUUCACCACCACUGACUUGUGA